AUGACGCAAUGGAUCCUUGCUCCGUCACACGGUGGAUCAUCAACCCCCCUGCUGAAGGAUGCAGUCAUCUUCAAGUUCAACAUGAAGUUCGGCGCCAACACAGUUUGGAGAACAAUGGACUUGACUGGCGGAGCUCAGGUGAUAUUAGUGAAUGUGUGCUUCUAUGACGACCAUGUGCUACGGUAG